CAUGGCUGUCGAGAAUAUCAAACACGAUCUGUGUACUCUGCUUCGAGAAGAGAAGUCAUUUGAUAUUAAUGGAGUGCGUCGAACCUAUGAAACGAGAGUUGCUACUUUUAUUUCAAAAUCCUCUCCUUGGAAUCCCUUUUCAAAGGGUAAAAAUGGGAGAGAUAUGUCAAGUGAAAUGUUAAUACCUAAGCACUUGACAGUUCAUUGGCAAAGUGGAGAACUAAGAGCUUUAAAAACUAGAGGUGAUGGUAAUUGUCUGUACAGAGCCUGCUCAAAAUUACUUUGUGGCAAGGAAGACCUAUGUCAUUUGCUGAGAGACUUGACAAGCAUUGAGCUAUUCAAUCACCAGGAGUAUUAUGCUAACCACCCUUACUUAAAAGAUAAGUUGCAUUUUUAA